GCUUUUUGAUUUCACGUUACGUCACUCUUGUAAAGUUGGCGACAGUGUCUGUCAAUUUUAUCGAAAAUGUCUAAAAUUUUCGCAAAAAAUCUACCUUUUUUCGUAUUGCGACAGCCGAAAUACCUCCUUCCUAACGUAGUAGCAGUCGCAAGGAACAGUUCGGACUGGGUUCCUCAAGAAAAAGAAACUCACACCGGACAGAAAUGGGACGAGAACGAUUAUCGACUGUCUAGAUUCGUGGGCCGACCUAAACAUGUAAACCCAAACUUUGCUAUAGAUUUAAUAGCGGAAGCUCCUCCCAAACCUUGUAAAGAACGUGUGGUCUGGUGUGAUGGAGGCGGCGGCCCUAUCGGACACCCUAAAGUAUAUAUAAAUCUUGAUAAGCCUGGCAAUCACGCUUGUGGAUAUUGCGGAUUGAGAUACUAUCUGGAUCAUGACCAUGGUCACUUAUUGGGUGAAAAUUUGUAGAUUCUGUUGUAAUUGUAAUUUAAAAGAAAAAUAAAAGUGUUCGAAGUC